AUGCCUCAACUUGACCCCUAUAACACACAGAGCGCUAUCGCGCUGCUAAGACAACACUUGGACUACCAGCACUGGCUUGACAGGAACAAAAUGCAAAUGAAGGACAUCGGCAAUACGCAGGUUCUGGCUGCUAUGAAUCCUACAGCGGGGUCAUUUGUGGUGAAUCCACGACUAAGCCGGCAUUUCUGGGUGCUAAACGUCCCCAUGCCUGAAUUGACAUCCUUGUUUACAAUUUACGCCUCAAUUAUGAAUGGAUUCUUUGAUGUGCGAAACUUCCGAAAGGCUGUGAAAGAGCAAGUCAUGCCAGUAAUCAAAGCAACCAUGAGCAUCCACACGGAGGUAGUUCAAGCUUUCCGGAAGACAGCCGUCAAUUUUCACUACGAAUUUAACAUGCGCCACCUAACGAGUGUGUUCCAAGGGAUCCUGUCAACGUCUCCUCAGACCAUGCAGUUACGGGAAGAAGCGAACUGUGAGCACACAUUGCGGACUGCUUCUCUCUGGCAGGAUCCAGAAAAGCUGGUGCUAUUAUGGCUUCAUGAAUGUGAGCGAACGUUUUGUGACCGUCUGGUCACGCCAGAAGACUGCAAAAAGUACAAAGCCAUUGCAGCUGACUGCGCAAAAAGAAACUUUGGAAGGUUCAAUUUGGGGAAAGUUGUACAAGCAAAAAACCCGGAGCCGCUAAUAUUCACUCACUUCGGAAAAGAAGGGGCAGGAGGUCAAUUGGACGCAGCGUUGCGACGCCACUGUAGCUCCUGA